GCACGUAAAAAUGUCCGUGCCGGAGCCGCAGGAUAAUUUGCUCGCCUUUGUGCGGCAUUUAUAUCUUGAAUGCAUCAAUCGUUAUCGAAAUUACACACCGCCGGGACUAGCAACAGAUGAACUUUUGUCUACCAACUAUACGUUGCCGACUUUUUUGGAGGAUGCUGUGCUCAAUGAGGGCAGCAUUGAUAUGCAGGACAUCGAUGAGCUGUCGGCCAGUGAGCAGGAGCUGUAUGCAACAAUGGCCACAAAUCAAUUGGCCAACAGUAAUGCGAGCGCUGCUGGUCGCGCUUCGGGUCUCUACUGCCCCACAAAUUUCGAUGGUUAUCUCUGCUGGCCGCCCACACCCGCCGGCACUGUCUUGAGUCAACGUUGUCCCAACUUUGUUGAGGGGUUCAAUGCCAGAUUUUUGGCACGCAAAACCUGCCUUAGCAAUGGCUCGUGGCUUCGUCACCCAGAAUCAAACAAAAUCUGGUCAAACUAUACCAACUGUGUGGACACACCUGAUUUGGAGUUUCGUCAACUAGUCAAUGAGCUGUAUGUUAGAGGCUAUGCAUUGUCCUUGCUGGCACUGCUGCUGUCCAUAAUUAUAUUUCUGGGCUUCAAAUCCUUGCGCUGCACUAGAAUACGCAUACAUGUGCAUUUGUUUGUCUCGCUUGCAUUUAGCUGCUUGGCUUGGAUACUUUGGUAUCGCUUGGUUGUCGAGCAUUCCGAUAUUAUAGCCGAAAAUCCUCUCUGGUGCAUUGCUUUGCAUUUGGUUGUGCACUAUUUUAUGCUGGUCAACUAUUUCUGGAUGUUCUGCGAGGGUUUGCAUCUGCAUUUGGUUUUAGUUGUGGUUUUCGUCAAGGAUACGAUUGUAAUGCGCUGGUUUAAGCUGCUUAGCUGGCUGUCGCCGGUGCUCAUAGUAGCUGCCUAUGGCGCUGCUCGACACUUUGGCAAUGAUAAUGCACACUGCUGGAUCAAUGACAGUUUCUAUCUCUGGAUCUUUUCCGUGCCCAUUACGAUCUCGCUGCUGGCCAGCUUCAUUUUUCUUAUCAAUGUACUGCGCGUUAUUGUGCGUAAGCUGCAUCCACAAUCAGCGCAGCCAGCACCGCUGGCCAUACGCAAAGCGGUGCGUGCCACAAUCAUAUUGGUGCCACUGUUUGGCCUGCAACAUUUCCUGCUGCCCUACAGACCCGAUGCGGGCUCACAGCUGGAUGCGUUCUAUCAGUUGCUAUCGGUGGCAUUGGUUAGCCUGCAAGGCUUUGUGGUCUCCUUUCUCUUUUGCUUUGUCAAUCAUGAUGUGACAUUUGCCAUACGCACGCUGCUUAACAAAUUGAUGCCACGCUUGGUGGCAGCGCCACCUGCCGGGAGUAAUACUGGACACAUGGCCACAACCACGCCCAGUCGCGAGCUGGGCGUCUAAACGCGAAUCCCGCCACGUCAUUGAGUUGACCAAAUUACGCUUUUAGCCCCAACAACAACAAAAUAAUAAUAAAACCAAAGAAGUAGCCCAAUUUUUUUUUUCUUUUAGCAAUUGCAUAUCAAAAGCAAAUAAUUUUUAAAUUAUUACGCAUACGUACUGUGGGUACCUUAAACAAAUCUAUAUGUAUGUUAACUGUCUAAAAAUAUGAAAAAAAUACU